GUGAAGAAUCCGAAGCAAAUUUUCGUAAUUUUACGUGUAAAAUGCGUGUUUACAACGUGAAUUUCAUUGUUUUUGCUGUUUUAUGCAUAAAAACAUGCUCCACAACAAAUAUGGCGUUACCUGAUUACAUCACGGCGUGUAGUCGAAGUGAUCCGCAUAUUGACGAAUGCAUGGUGGAUCAUGCAAACAAAGCGCUUCCAUUUGUUUUAAAAGGUGAUGCCAAGUUUAACCUGCCGAAUUUACUACCGUUAAAAGUACCACAAAUUAAUAUUAACUCCAAAGAUAGUUUAUCCAUGCAGUUUACCGAUUGUGAAUUGCAUGGUCUUGAGUCUUCAGUUGUCACUGGCAUGCACGUUGACUUCAAAGAGCAGAAAACUACUCUUGAAGUUGACAUUGCGCAUCUGAAUGUGUUGGCGAAUUAUAACAUCAGCGGAAGGAUUCUUAUCCUUCCUGUUGUGGGCCAGGGACCUGCAAAUAUAACAAUUGCUGGAGGAAAAUACAAAUAUGAAUUCACUUUUGAUUUGAUGCGUCGUAAAAGUGGUAAACAACACGUUAAAUUCACCUGGACUAAUCUAGAAUACACCGCGAAAAGGAUUUACCUUAAAUUGGAUAAUUUAUUUAAUGGCGACCGGAUGUUAGGUGACAACAUGAAUCGUUUCUUGGAUGAAAACUGGAAAGAUGUCACUGAUGAACUCUACCCAUCGCUGAAGGAAGCUGUCGGUGCGAUUGUCACAUCAAUUGCGCGUGGAUUAUUCUCAAAAAUACCUUUUGACGAUUUGUUUUUACCCUAGACUCCUAGAAUUAAGUAAUAAAUCAAUGUAGGUUAAUAACCACAA